AUGAAUCUGUCACCCAUCUACCAUCGUCGCCAUGUGCGAAUGAAAUUUUUGGGUACCGUCCGUUCGUUCGAUGGAAAGGAGACAUCCUUAGAUGUUCAACCGAAUGAUACUAUUCAAAGCGUCAAAAAACAAAUACAAAGUAAAGAACGCAUUCGCAUUGAUUUGCAACGAUUGAUGUUUACUGACAAAAACCUUCAAAAUCGUCGGACCCUAUCGAAUUACGGAAUUCGUGAUGGCGCUGUUGUCUAUCUAAUGUUACGUGCAGCACAGAAUAGUAACACUGUUGCUGGAGGCUACGGUCAAGGUACUGCUAACGAUGAGCUCUGUUUUCCUUAUGGUCUCGUCGUUGACGAUGAUCAAUCGAUAGUCAUCGCUGACUGGGGUAAUCAUCGCAUUUUGCAAUGGAAAAUAGGCGAGAUCAAUGGUCGAGUCAUAGCAGGUGGUCACGGUCAAGGCAAUGCAUUGAAUCAAUUGAAUUGUCCGACUGACGUUCUCAUCGACAAAGAAACAAAUAACUUAAUUAUUUGCGAUCGAGGAAAUCGACGCGUUGUACAAUGGGCUCGUAGUGGUGAUGCAGCCGAAGGAGAAACUAUCAUCGACAAUGUAGCAUGUUGGGGAUUAGCUAUCGAUAAUCAGAGAAACUUGUACGUUUCCGAUACUGAAAAGCAUCAAGUACAACAGUAUCGAAUAGAUGGUACGAAUGGGAAGCUAGUUGCCGGUGGCAAAGGCAGAGGUGUUGGUCUUGAUCAACUCAACUGUCCGACUCACCUAUUUGUCGAUAAACAACAGAACGUCUAUAUAGCUGAUGUAUGGAAUCAUCGAGUCAUGCAAUGGUUGAAAGAAGCAUCUACGGGAACUAUCGUUGCCAAGGGAUUUCCUCGAGGAUUAUUUGUCGAUAGCUCUGAAAAUAUUUAUGUGGCGGACUAUGGAAAUCAUCAACUCGUAUGUUGGCCGAAAGGAGCAGCAGAAGGUACGGUCUUUGCAGCUGGAGAUGGUGACAAAGAUGAUACAAACCAGACGUACUAUCCUUGGGGCGUCUCCCAUGAUCAACAUGGGUAUCUCUACGUUGCCGAUCAUUCAA